AUGGCACCUCCUGCUUCCCGGGGGGCGGAAGGAGCGCCAGCGCCUAAGACGGGACGUCCCGGGUUUGCAGUGACGGCGGAGUCACCCAUCCCAGCAGCCUCACCUUCUUGGAGCGCUGGUCCCUCCCCUUGGACUGAAACCCCAGGGGCCGCCGCACCGGGUGGGCGGGACCGACUACUCCCGGAUCCGUGGCUGGAGCUGCGUGCCAGGCGGGGCCGUGCGGAGCAGCUGAGCGCAGAGCGGAGCACCAGGCACCUAGCGGGCCGGACUCCGGGCGGCACCCGAGCGGGCCGGGCAGCAGUGGGCGCUCGCGGUCCUCCUCUGCCCAACGCGCUCUCCCUCCGGGCCCGGCCUCCUCCGUCCCCUCCUUUUGCUCCUGCUCCUCCUCCCGCUCCUCCCCUCCUUGGGAUUGAGCACCAAAACGCCCGCCUGCAAGGUCCUCUGCUCGCUGGCAGCCAGGAGUCGCCGCCACGACCGCCGGGUCUCAGUGGGUGCCUGCGCCUUCUCCCCGCCCGCCUGCCCCGGGCCAUCCAGAAACUUGCUCCACCCGCCGAGGGAGCUCGGCAGUGCUGCCCAUGGCCCAGCCCAGGAGCCUAUUUAGGGCGCCGGACGGGCUGGACGGAGGCGCGGCUCAGCUCUGGAGGCUGGAAGUUCAAGAUCAAGGUGUCAGCAGAAGUGGUUCUUCAUGAAACCCCAUUCCUUGCUUGCAGAGAGCCACGUUUUGGCUGUGCCUUCACAUGGUGGAGAGAAUGAGAGAGAGAGACAGAGUGAGCUCUGUUUUAUCUUCCUCUUUUUAUAAGGACACCAAUCGUGUCAGAAUGGAGCCCCACCCUUACAACCUGAUGGAAACCUAAUCAUCUAAAGCCCCCA